CAUCGAUCUACAUGUAAGAUGGAAUUUACAGCUGGCAGAUUUUUGUAAAAAUUGUGACUUGCUGCUUUGUCUGAUGUAGCUUCCUUCACGUGCAGCCAAUAUUACACACAAUCAACCCUUCAUGCCCAUGAGCACAACAAGACAAGAAGCACGGCUUCAUACCGACUUGAACAACGGUGUCUGAAUGACAGGAGACAAACAAAUCAAGCAAUCUUUUAAUAAUGCAUCGAUUUAACACAGUCUAAUCUUGGAACUCGAUGCCGACUGGGAAAUGGAGUCUCCAGCUGUUGACGGACAGUGCUUGCGUAAAUCACAGAUCAUCGUCUUGCCACUGAAGAUGGAGAAGGGUAUGAAGAGGAAGUGUUGUAGAGGUUCAUCAAGGGCUGCUGAUUCGACCUUAAAUUGGAGGUCACACUGGAUUCAAAAUGUGACAUUGCUCCUGUUCGUGAUGGUGCUAACAGUAUUACCAGCUUCCAUAGAUGGGACGUGCAUAACAGGAAAGAAAAUGAGGGGCUACGUUCCUAGUGAUGAACACACAUUAAACCAUUAUAAACAAAUAAAAGAUUCAAGAUCAUUGGAUGAAUGCAUUACAUUUUGCUGCCAGUCACAAGUAUGUGAUAUGGUGUGGAUGGUGACCGACAGUUGUUAUUCUGUGCAGUGCUUCAGCGAAGAAACGUGCCAGUUUGGAGAAAGCCAUGAUAUGCCGAGCGACACGACGGUAGUUCAAAUUACCCACCAAUCAGAUCAUGAAACAACAUCCAGUGGGCAGUGUAUUCCAGGAUUCAAUGACUGCCAAUACAAUGAAGUGUGUCGGAGAGACCCGACGUACGAAAGGAAUACCUGCCAGUGCCAGGCCGGCUUCUCUAGAGAUUUGUACGGGGAAUGUGUCUAUGAUGAAAGUACAUAUACUGGACUCGACAGCAGAUCACAGACCUCUCCACCUCAGCCAGAGGACCUUGGCAAUCUCAAGCUCUGUUACAGUGAUGGUGAUUGCGAACAAGGAGAAUUCUGCUUUGGACUUGAUCUUUACGACAAUGGCAUAUGUGCAUCAGCUGCACAUUUUCAAAGAAAGCGUGAAGAUUCUUUACGAGAUUUACCCACAACUCAACAUCCUUUAUCUGCAGAGACGAAAAGACCUACUCUUGCUAUCGAUAACACUACACCACUCCAAACGGGUGAAGUUAGUACCAGUGGACUGAUAACCCCCUCUGUGGUGGAGAUGCCUGCUAAGAAGGAUGGCAGUGAUUCAAGCAAUGGCACUGAGGUUAAAUCAAGCGGUGUCGUAGAAACGACAGUGAACACAUCCGAUGGUAACAAACAUAUCCCUGAUACCACCCCCUUGUUGCAUGAUCAAAACCCCACCACCGCCCCCCGUUCGACAACAGCACCACCUCUUUCAUCUCCUCUGCUAGCUGCCACUUCUACUACUUCUACUACCUUAGGUAGCGGGGGAACGCACCCCUUUGUUCAGCUGACCGUUUCACUGGGCGAGAGUAAAUUCCUUCAGCUGCCAGAGGAGACCAGCGUGACUCUUCACGCCUUUGUCCUCCCUGACGAUCAACCUUACACCUACCAGUAUCAGGUGGUCACUCAGCCAGAGGGCAGCUCUGCACAGAUGUCUUCAGAUGAUCCAGCCGAACCACAAGUUACCAUCUCACGGUUGAUAGCUGGUUUUUACCAGUUCAAGGUUUCCGUGGAGGGGUCAAGGUCAUUUGGUACAGGUCAGGUCAAUGUGACGGUCAUUCCCCCGCCUAGAAUCAAUCAGUCCCCGGUAGCGGUCAUCCAGCCAGCCAUGCAGGUGGUGCUGCUACCAAACUCGGCCACCAUAUUGGAUGGAUCUGGAAGUACCGACGAUGAUGAUGACAGGAUAGCAAGUUACAGUUGGAAUCAAGUCAAAGGACCGUUGAAUGACCAUGAGAUCAGUGGUGACCAAGAUACCUUAGAAUUGACCGAUCUCAAACCGGGUGUUUAUCUCAUCAGGUUGACUGUUACAGAUUACGAUGGAGCUUCUAAUUCUACCAUAGCAAAUGUCACUGUUAAAGAAGAGGAGGAUUAUAAACCUCAUGCCCAAGCUGGUCCUGAUGUCGAGAUCAAGCUUCCUGUAGACUUCACAACACUCAACGGUUCCAAGAGCAGUGAUGAUCACGGUAUUACCAGCUAUGAGUGGACCAAGAUGACUGAUAGAGUGGCUGAUAUGACAGGAUCUUCAUCCAAGAUACUUCACCUUACUGGGCUAGAAGAGGGAACGUAUGUCUUCAAGUUGACUGUCACUGAUGCUAAAGAUCAAAAGGAUUCUGAUACAGCUACCGUGAUUGUCAAACCAGAACACAAUACCCCUCCUUCUGCGGAUGCUGGACCUGAUAAGGAGCUUAUGUUACCUUCCGAUACCACCUCUCUGGACGGGAGUGGUAGUACAGAUGAUCAAGGCAUAGAAUCCUAUCAUUGGGAACAAGUUAGUGGUCCGAGUGAUGCUGUAUUGACCAACCCUGACCAAGCAACGGUAGAUGUGUCUGGACUUGGUGAAGGAGCUUACGUCUUUAGCUUGACCGUCCAAGAUGGUCAGGGUGUAUCGGACAGCGCGCAGGUCACUGUUACUGUAAAGAGAGAGAGAAAUCAGCCACCUGUUGCUAGGAUUGGACCCGAUCAAGAGCUAAUCCUCCCUUCAACAUCGUUAGAGGUUGAUGGAUCGCAAUCCUCAGAUGAUAAGGGAAUAGUUUCUUAUCUUUGGACGAGGAGUAAUCAAAGUCCUGCUGCAGGGGUGGUUGUUGGAAACUCUAAUCACGAACCAAUCCUUCGAAUGGUAGACCUUGUUCCAGGGCAGUAUAAAUUCACUCUCAAUGUCUCUGAUGCCAAGGGUGCGUAUGGCACAGAUACGACUGUCAUCACAGUCAAGGAAGACCCCCACAUCCUCUCUCGGGUUCAGAUUGUGUUUGAUGAAGAUAUCACGCUGUUUACUGAGCAAGAUAAGAAUGAUCUGAUAAUGCCACUUGCUGUGAUGCUGGGAGUCAACAAUGGAGAUGUCAUCAUUCAAAGGAUUGCGUUGACAGACAGUAAAAUGCUAAAGGUUGAGUUUCUAGCAUUCAACAAAACAUCUCAUAAACCACUCCCUGGACCUGAGGUCUUAAAGAGAUUGAAGAGCAAAGACAUUAUGUCACAGUCGGCAUUACUCAAACAUAGUAUAUUAGAGUAUGACACAGUAGUUUGUCAGAAGAACUGUUCCAACCACGGUCAUUGUGACCCCUACACAAAACGCUGUGUGUGCGAGACAUUCUGGAUGGAGAACUUUAUCAGGGUAAAAUUCCAAGAUGGAGAAAGCAACUGUGAUUGGAGUAUUCUAUAUGUAAUUAUUGUAUGUUUCUUGGUGCUAGUGGCCCUUGGUGUAUGUGUAUGGUUAAUAGCCUGCUGCUGUGCAAGGAGAAAAAAGAGAGGAAGAAGGCGGCAUCGCUACACUCUGUUAGAAGAUCAGGAAGGCAAUGAUAUGAUGGAGAUGCAUCCAAAAAUGGGAAAUGGUAAGCAGAGUAGCAGCAUCAUGAUAUCUGAAUCGGGCGAAGAUAGCGAUGAUGAGACUACCGUCUUUGAUAUCAAGCGACAGGAUCGGAAUGGAUCCAAACCCGCCAAUGGCUACACAACGGGCAAGCAUCGAUCAAGCAGGAUCCCACAUAGGACUGAUAAACUUUGAAUCCUUCGAGUCUUUGCCAUGAUGCGAUGGAAGUUUAUUUUAUUUGUCAGAUUCUGAGGACAGUUUUUGUGUUGAAUUGAGAAUUGACUCGCGUAGAGUGGCAGAUGGGAUACCUUGAUUUUAUUUAUGUUUUGGAUAUAGUGAUUCAGCAUUGUUUAUGUGAGAGGACAUAGCCGUCCAGAAAUGAAGAAGACUUGGUUACAUUUUGAUUUGAUUACAAGGAAUGCACCGAAACCACCGACUUCCAUACAGAGGCAUGGGACUGAGGCAGAACCAAACGUGUAGAGAGAAAUCUUGUUUUCUGAUGAAGUUCUUUCUCUGUCAAGUUCUUUCAUGGAUCAAGGGGCAGUUUAACGGAUUGUGUUUUCUUUCUUUUAGAUUUUCCAUUAUUUACAUCCAGCCUGUUUCUUGGACAAAUACUGCACGGAAAUUAAUCCCCCCUUUUUUUCUCUCUCGCUAUCUCUUCUAUUUUAUUCUUAUUCUAGCCUCUUCUUUGAUAUUUUGUUUACUUAGACAACAAUCUUUCACCCAUACUUUGCCUGUUGUGUGUGAAUAAUACCUUUAUUUGCGAGGGGGGAGAUGGCAAAAGACAAAAUUGAAAUUCUGAAUAUAUAAUGUAUUUAUCUAUUUCCAGCACUUGACAUCCAUUUGUCGUUAUCAAACGCAUUGUGGUUGAAAGGACUUGUAGUUAUAAUUUCGUCUUAGAUCAUUUC